AUGGGUAUACCCAUGGCCAACAAUCUGCAUGCCCCGACUGUAUCCUCCGGAUCUAUGUCCGGAGGGGUUCCCCGCGAUGUCUCGAAGCUAUCCAUGGACGACCUGAUGAAACACAAGGAACGAAUCGAAGAAGAACUAUCAGCUCUGAGCAGUGUACUUGGCUCUCACGGUGUUAAUAUGAGCACCUCGCUAACGACAUUUGACGGCUUUCCGCGCGAUGAUAUCGAUGUUGCACAAAUUCGUACCAUCCGAGCACAAAUAAUUCGACUUCGUUACGAUCAUAAAGAGGUCAUGACCGAGAUUGAGAAAGGCAUUCACUCUCAUUUCGCUGGGCUUCAGAGCGCAACAAACAACGCACUCCCCACCAGAAAUACAAACGGCUCCAUCCCUUUGCCUUCCGAAGCUACUUCAUCAGCGGCCGGUACGGGCGGGUUAACACCAUUUGCGAAGGUAAACACUGUUGUGGCCGGAAGUCCUGCUAGCCAGGCCGGAUUGCAAGCUGGUGAUUCUAUCUACAGCUUUGGCAACAUUAACUGGCUCAAUAAUGAGCGCCUUUCCAAGGUUGCAGAGGUGGUUCAACAGAACGAAGGACGCACAAUCAUAGUCAAAAUUUCCCGAAACAAUUCAACCCCCGGAAAUACCACACAGUUGGAUCUGGAACUUGUGCCACGUCGCGAUUGGGGCGGUCGUGGGUUGUUGGGUUGCCAUCUUCUGCCCAUCUAG